GAUUCUCUCUCCCUCCUCUCCUCCCAGCUCCAGUGCGUGCUCGCUCACUCGCUCUGUCUCUCUCUCUAAAAUAAAUAAAUCUUUAAAAACUCCGGUAUGAAAGUGAAUGUUUAGAAUGGAAAAGAAAUCACAGCAAAUUAUUAGAGUCUUGGAGAUUUCGUGUCCCUCUUGACUGAGACCUCUUUGGGCAAUUGACUGGAAACGUUUCCCUAGAAAUACGUCUCAACUGCAACCUUGCUUCACUCCGUUUAGCUAACUGGAGGCCAGCGUUUCUCAAAGUGUGGCCCUGACUGGCAGCAUCAGGGUGGCAGAAGGAAAUUCUUGUCCCAUUCUAGCUGCUGAGUCAGUUAGUGAACGAAGUCUCGGCCCCCAGGUUGUCGGAGGGGUUUCUAUUUUUCAUGCCGAGUUGAAGUGUAGCCCACACAGCCCAGGGAAGUGUGCAGCUCGGUGGAGUUUUGUAGUGACCCCUCGUUCAGCCACCCUCCCCAAGCAGGGGAUUUCGGUCACACACUGAUUGACCUAGACCCAGGAAAAUGUCUUGUCUCCCCCAUGAGCCCCUUCCUGAACACAGGGUAAUUCCAAGCAAGUGUUCUGGCCUGGUCUGGCCCCUGUAGGCCUCAGCUCUGCGCCCUGGCCCCUGGCCUCCAGGGCCCCACCUGACUUUGCCUCUCUUCUCCCCACAAGGCUGUUAGCAGAAGCUCCCUCCUAGUCUUCCUCCGGCAUCCCGCCCGUCUUUUCCCUUCUCAGCCCCAACAGAGAGGAGUCAAAUCCUCCAGCUGAAAUGCUUGGGGCUGAGAAACAAACGCGAAGAGGUGACACAGGAGAUAUCAUUUGGGGGAAGAGAGAAUGUUCCAUGUGGAGGUGGUCAGGAGAGGAGGGAGGGAGAGCAGACCGAGGGCAGGCCCCCUGUCCGCGUUGCGCACACGAGCAAGAGGUCCCCGUUCCUGCAGGCCCAUGAGCCCGUCACCAGGACCCAGGCAUCUCCUGGGCUGGGGGCCCUUGUGCGGAGGACGGCCCGUGCGGCCCUCCGUGCCAGUCCCGACAAGGCGGGGGGUGCCCUGGAGUUGGAGACCCGCAGGCGGGGCCGGCAGCUGUGGGGGAGAGGAAGGGUGAGACCCAGCUGUGCCCAGUGCAGCAGCCCUAGGGAACCACUCCACUUCUGGGCGAGGAGAUGGGGACCCUCAGCAGCUUCUGUCGAAGGAGGGGGAGCCCUGGGGGGCAGAAGAGGGAAAUGAAGAAGAGGAGGCUUCCUGGCUGGGGAGAGUCACCUAAGAAGCCUCCCUGUGAGUCCCCAGGGUAGCUUGGGGUGGGGCCUGGGACCCUAGUGCAGGCACCACCCCACCCCUACCCUCAGGUGCCCCGGAAGGAAGGAAGUGGAGAACCGAUUGUGCAUGGGCCCUUUGAUUUUCUCCACAGCCCUGUGAUGAUGCCCGGGACAGAAACUGAGGCACAGCUCAAUGAAAUGACUCGCUGAGGUCGCUCAGCAGAUGGACCUGACGGAAGGAUGUGAAUCCAGCCCAAGAGCGCGGGGCCUGGGCCUGUUCUCCAGCCUGCAUCCAAGGCCUUGGCCGUGGGGGCGCCCACCGCGGGGCUGGAGCAUCGUGGCAGGGGUUCCUUCCCGACCACAGGACGUUGUGGGAUGGGUCUUCUGGAAGAUAGAGAGCAAAGAACACCACACCUAGAAGGGGUUGUCAGCCCCCAGCCUAGUCCCAGGGCAGAGAAAGGAAAGAUCCCCCCGAGGGGUCCCCUUGCUGGGUAUCACCGACCCCCCCCACCCCGCCCCGUCCACGGAGGACCCCCCAGGAAGGAACCGCGGCCUGUGUCCAUUAGCUAGAGAGCACCAGCUUCCCGCCGCAGGACGCGUCCUGGGGGAGCCCUUCCGCAGCCCCAGUGACUCACACGAACCCCGCCGCCCCGCGCGGACGGCGCUCGGAGCUGGAAUCUGACCCCGGGCGGGCGGCGCCGGCCUGGUCUCCAUGGCAGCCGCAGAUCUACUCCCGGGGCCUCCACCCGCCCCGGCGGACUUUCGACUUGAAGCCGGGAGAAAGGAGAGCGAGCGGGCAGCUGUGGGAGCCUCCAGCCCACAGCCGACAGCCCGAGGCCCCAGGAUGGCCAACUUUCUUUCCCAGGACCAAAUUAAUGAGUACAAGGAAUGCUUCUCCCUGUAUGACAAGGAGCAGCGGGGGAAGAUAAAAGCCGCUGACCUCAUGGUGGUGAUGAGGUGCCUGGGCGCCAGCCCAACACCAGGGGAGGUGCAGCGGCACCUGCAGAUUCACGGGAUCGACAGAGAUGGAGAGCUGGAUUUCUCCACUUUCCUGACCAUUAUGCACGCGCAAAUAAAACAAGAAGAUCCAAAGAAAGAAAUUCUUUUGGCCAUGUUGAUGGCAGACAAGGAGAAGAAAGGCUACAUCAUGGCGUCUGAGCUGCGGUCCAAACUCAUGAAACUGGGGGAGAAGCUCACCCACAAGGAAGUGGAUGAUAUUUUCAGGGAAGCAAAUAUCGAACCAAAUGGCAAAGUGAAGUACGAUGAAUUUAUCCACAAGAUCACCGUUCCUGCGGGGGACUACUGAAUGAAAGACAGCCUCCCCUGGACCUGAAAACUCAGGCCGAGAUGUUUUUAACAACAGAAGUGUUCUUUCACCCUGGGUGGGAUGGUACACGCAGCAGCAAGAGGACGUAGCCUGACGGCAGCAGGGGGUAACUUAGCAGGUACACGGGAUGGUUUCAGCCUGGCAUUAGCCUGUCUUUAAUAAAAGAUUUGU